AAUCCGCAUGUGUACGGUAAGUUGGCCCGUUCCACAGAGAAAAGAGAAAAAAAUUGACACUCCCUAUUCUACCCUUCCUACAAACGCUCAUGGAACAGGGAAUUUGAAAUGGGGGAAGAGUUUUUUCCACCCUGCUAUUAUAUGUUUUUAAUUUAAAAGGAUACAACAAAUGUACUUAGUGUGAUUGGUUAUGAUCCUUGCCUUUCUUUAAAAUGGUCAUGGUUUGAAUCCCAGUACAUAUAUUUUUAAUGAAUAAAAAAAAAGUAAUUGUGAAGACCAAAAUGUCCUUCCUACUUUCACUCUCGUUGCAGGAAAUUUGAAAUGGGGCUCCCGUUUUUCUCUUCGGUGUAUUAUAUUAUGUGUAGAUUUGGUGUUUAAGUCAUGACAGAUUCCUAUCUAGUGUUGUAUGGUGGGAAGCUAUAGCUGAAGAUAUAAUUGGAUUAUUUAUGGAAUUUGGCUCUCCACGCAUUAUAUUUGGAUUACAUUGUAAUUACAUAUAUUGAAGUAAUGAAGUUUUCCAUAUUUUCAAGAACAGAAGAACCCUCUUUCAAAAAAAUAUCAAAGUACAAGGUCGAUGAGUUUGUUCCGAGUAUAAUCACGAUAGAGUUCUGCAUGAACACCACAGACGUUUUGCUCUUGUUUAAGUAUCCAACAUAGUUUUGAAAAAACCUUAUACCAUACCUAUUUACAACAAAAGAUGAUCAGACAUGUUUGCAGGCAGGUGGACAAUGAGAAGGAAGGUAAACAAUAGAUGAACUGAACAUUUUUGGCAUUGCCUGAUUUAUUUUAGGGAUGGCAAUGGGUCGGGUCGGGGACGGAUAGUGCAUAUCUGUUACCCUACCCAAAGUAGUUCGGGUUUUACCCAUACCCAUACACACAUAUGAAACGUGUAGAAAUUAAAACCAUGCCCAUACCCGUUCGGGUUUCGGGUAUCCACGGUUAUCCAUGGGUAAUGAUUUAUCGUCAUAACUCCAACUAAUAUGUUAACAUUCACACGUAUUCUCACAUUACGCAAGAGGAAAAGUAUGAAAAUAAUUCACUAGAACGAAGAAAAUUAGUUAAAACAACACAAUUUCAUGAAAAUAUUAUAUUUAUAUGCUAAAUAUAAAAUAUGUUAGAGAAAAAUAAUGACUAUUUCUAUACAAAAUACAUAUGUAUGUGUAUAAUCGGGCGGUUCGGGUUGGAUACUGAGAAACCCAUGCCCACCCAUUACCCGCAAUAUUCGGGUUCGGGUUUUACCAGUACCCACUAAAUGUCCUUCGGGUUCGGGUUUUACCCUACCCGAUUAGGCCGGGUUCGGACGAAUAUCCACGGUUACGGAUAUUUUUGCCAUCCCUAAUUUUAUUUACUUCCAAACUUGAUAGUUCCAUCUCUUUUUUUUUUUUUUUUUUUUAGGAAGAUAGCUUCAUCUCUACCACUGGAAAUACGGAAUAUUUGGUUCAACUUUACAGAGGGCAAUUAAUGAGUAUCUUUGACAUGGAUGUUAGGAAUACGUAGUGACAUAUUUAUCUAAAUGUGUAUGGUUGUGUUAUUUAACUUCUUUCGUAAUGCUAGAAAGUAUUUACACAUUCUCUAAUGUUAAUUAAUCUUUAAGUCACACAAUUAGAGGGACAUGGGUGGGCGCAAAUGCUUUAGAGCAUGCAAGUGAAAACUUGAGGGAAUUAGAAAAAAACAUUUGAGAAUUGAUAUACGUUAGAAGUGCGAAUUAUGCAUGGAAAUUCACGAAUUAAUAGGUGUGCUCGAAAGACAAUGGUCGGUUGUUUAUCUAAAGAAAGACAUACAUAUGGUGGUUGAGAGUAAAGAAAAAAACUAAUUGAUUGCAUCACAAGCUCUUUGCAGGGUUAAGAUCAGCAAGCGAGUGAUCUGCAAAUCACCAACGAUGACUAAAGCUUUAUAGAAUCCCCGCUCUUUACAGUCGCCAUGAACUCAAUCAGUUUAAGAGCUCGGAACUACAUUGAAAGAGAUAUAUUCCAUGAGAUUAUUGAUGUGGCCACUGAUCUAAAAAUUGUUUGAACUGGUACGAGAAUUUUUCAGUUUAAGGAUUUUUUUAAUUUUGGAAAUGAAUGGGUUUUUGAAGGAAGAGAACGAAGGUUUGACUAUUGAUGGCUAGAAAAAUUAGAAGAUGUUGUGAACGAGCAAGAUCGUGGGGUGUGUGGUACUGGGAUGCCGGUUGAGGAAAACUUGGGUCUGGGAUACGGUCAGUAACCACUGGUUACUGACAAGUCAAUGACCACAUAGGGAUCGUAGAUCUAGGAACGGAGCCAUUGUGCGACUUGGCUGGACGCGGGGGUGGAGAGGGGCAUUUUUCCGUUUUUAAAUUUUAAAUUUUAAAUUUAUCCGAUAUUAACUAGGUCACUUUUCAAUGGAAGAGAGAUAAAUUGUAUUUUCUCUUCAACUCUCCUUUUUCUUUCUCUCUUCCUCUCUCUCUCUCUCCCAAUCUCCUUUUCUAAAUCUAGAUAUUCUCCCUUCUCUUCUUCUUCAUUUUUUUUUUCUCCGGCAAUUGACGGAAAAAAUUGCAGCCACCAUCUUUCAUUGUGUUCCUUCUCUUCAUCAAUUCUGAUUUUUUUUGGCAUUUGGUGUUCUUUAUUGCGGAUGAGGAAAUGAGAGGAGACAAAAGACGAGUUUUUUUUCUCUCCCUCCUUCUGAUUUUUUUUUCUUAUUCUUUUAGGUAAUAUGUAUUAAUAUUACCACACUAUACCAUAUGGUAUUGUGUGGUAACGAAAUAUAUAUUGAUAUUACCACACUAUACCAUAUGUUAUUGUGUGGUAUCAUGUAAUAUUACCAGACUAUACCAUAUGGUAUUGGGUGGUAAUCGACACCAAUUCAGAGAAAUUAUGUUUAUAUUUGGUCGUAUAGGGCUGUAAUUAGAUGUAUACUACUUUAUAUGGUUUUACCUUCUCCUACCAUGUGGUAUUAUAUGAUAAUUAUAAUUAAUUUAUGAUAAUUCGAUUUACCAUGUUCUACUAUGGUAGUAUUAUAUGGUAGUUAGAUUUAUAAUUUUUUGUAGACCAUGUGGUAUUUGUAUGGUAGUUCGAUUUGUAAUUUUUUUGCAUGUUAUACCCUAUGUUAUUGUAUGGUAGUUUGAUUUGUACCUUUUUGUAGCAUGUUUUACCUAUGGUAUUGUAUGGAAUUAGACCACAGAUAGUUGUGAUGGUUAGAUUCAUUUUUGUUGUAGAGUUAGAGUUAGAGUGUAGAGAGCAUAUACAUUUCUCUCCAUCUUUUAUUUGUAGAUAAGAGAGAUAAGAAAUAAUGUAAUUUUUCUUUUAAUAACAAAACAAAGAGUGAGAGAGAGGGGGGAACGUGCGUGGGGCGGUGAUUGGGGUUCACAUCUGGUCAAAAGUUAGUGUGAGCACUCAUUAUUAAAUAGAUCGUACUGCCCUUUCGUGUUUAAUUUAAACAAAAGGUAAAGGCUUACAUGUGGAGAACAGAGGAAGUGGAUACCGAUAAUUACUGAUAGGAUCCCAACCCAAAACUCGGGGGGUUGUGGUGUAAAGGAGAUGCGUGUACUUUUAUUUAUUUUUUCUUCUAUAAAUAAAAUUGAAAACAAAAACAAAUUUAGGAGAUUUUAGUAUGUAUAAAAUAUGUAACAAAUUAAUAGAAUGUGCUAUUAAACUUUGUUAUUUUCUUUUUAGUUUGUAUUUAUAUGUUGAGUUGAUCAUUUUAAAACAGAUCUAAUAUUUUUUAUAUGUGAGUAAUAUAUACAAACGACCAAAAUUAGGAAAAGGUGUGGGCUUUGGGUCUUCAUUUUUUGUCUGGUAACCAGCACCAGUAGUCGACCAGCAUCCAUCAACCCAGCCAAUUGAACAGUUAGCGCUACGUCGUCACUCCUUGAUUGGCACACGUGUCCUCCCCGCCCCUCGCUGAAUGGAUAAAUUCGUCCCUAUCUUAACCCUAGAGACUAGAGCUGCAGUGCUGCACCAAUAAUUGGCUACACAGAAAUUAAUUAAAUCCCAAACAAUAAUAUCAAAAUCUCAUAAAAUCAAUCUGUUUUAAUAAUUCAAAAUGGUGGGAUUGUAUGAUUAUUUCAUUAACAUAGUAUCAAAAUUUUCAAUUAAGAAGUCGCAUAUUCGAAUUCUUAUAACUAUCUCAAUAUUGAUAAUAGUUUAUAUUCAAUCUAUCCAACCUUCCAACCAACAAGUAAUAUUUUUGUUCAAGAGUGUCACCUUAAUUGCAAUUACAUUGGUACCAACCAUUUCUUACGUGGCGUUCUCCUGUCAUCUAAAUCUGCGGGAGGUCAUCCCAUUAGACGGCCAGGAUAGGAGAUAGAAAAAUGUUUCGUUUCACACCACCACAGCUCAGCUGUUAUUAUUCUUAAUUAUUAUAAUACCAUUUUCCCCAGAGCGACGUUAAUUAACAAUUCACUCCCUAAAUGGUAAAAAAGUAAAGGGAGAGAGAGAUGAAGGAAGUAAUAGGAGAGAGAAGAAAACAGAAAAGCACAAUGCUUAUCCAUUUGCUGGACUAUAAAACUACUUCCAUACCAUACGGCCUCCUCCCCAUUUCAAACACCCAUCUCCUUCCUUUCCCUUCCCCAAGAAACAAAGGUUUAUUCAUUCUCCGCUCUUCUCUUUUUUUUCCUAAUCGACCGCUAGAUCGGAAAAUGGCGGCGAGGUCAGGGAAACUGUUCCGCAGCAACAUUUUCGCGGGGUCGGAAGUGGAGAUCAAUCCGGAGAGUACUGUUUUCGAAUUCGAGGAGUCCGACGUGGUCUGGUCGUCGUCGGGAGACGGCGGCGCCAAUCACUACCGGUCGAGAUCGAAGGGCGGCGGCAACAAGAGACUUCCGGCGGCGGGGUUCAGAUCAGCGGCGGUGCCGACGAGCGCGUCGCUGCCGCUGAACAUACCGGACUGGUCGAAGAUUUACAAGGAGGAGAGCUACGGUGGGCGGCGGCGGAGGAGGAGGAGGGCGGCGGAGGUGGGUAUUAGUAUGAGCGAGUUAGGCGAUCAUCUGGAGGAGGAGGAGGAGGACAGCGACGAUUACGAGGAGGAGGAGGAGGAGGAGUGGGCGUCGGGUGGGGGAGCGGAGAGGCUUCCGCCGCACGAGUAUUUGGCGCGGCGGCGAGGGGCGUCGUUGUCGGUUCAUGAAGGGGCGGGGAGGACUCUGAAAGGGAGGGAUUUGAGGCAGGUCAGAAAUGCGGUUUGGAAGAAGGUCGGGUUUGAAGAUUAACGCGACGCAACCUAAUUCUUUUUGUUAACUAUUAAUUUUUUUUUGAGGGGGGAAAUGAUAUAAUUAAUUAAUUAAUUAGCUGUAUCGUAGACUCUGCGGUACUAAUUAUUUGAACAGGAUUGGAUUAAUGUGGGAGUUAAACAUGAUCAUAUAUAUAUAUGAUCAUUUCGCUCUCAUGCACUCCACCGGCGGACUGAUUGUAGUUUUCUAACUCCUACUUUUGUUUUACGUUUUAUCCAGACGGCUGGUAGGGGUACUGGUGUAAUUUUCCCUUUUCUUUUUUGUCUUCUUCGCUUUUCUCUAUUAAUCCCUCUGAUUUCUGGUGUGUUUUAUUUUCUUCUUUUUUUUUAGCUUUUUAUGUAGGGUGGAUAGGAUUAGAUUAGAGGGUGAUUAGUGAGGUAGCGCGGCGUGAUCCUCUGUGUUUAUGUGUGUGUUUUUAGAAUGUAAAUCAGAGGGCUGCCUUUUUGGCUUUUUCUGUUUAUUCCCAUUUUAUAUAUAUUCUUAGAACAGCCGUGUUUAGUGUUCCGGUUACAAUCAUUGAACAUGUCUUAUUAGUAACUUGCAAUAUCCAGAUUUGAAAUAAAUAAAUAAAAACCGGGCAAUAUCGAAUUGUCAUUUUCAGUAAUUACGCCACUGAAAAAGAAGCUGGUUAAUCUAUAGAUAAAUAUAUGUGUUGAUCCUUGGGAUUUAUGUUACUUCUCCCAUUGUUUGCGUGUUAGAAUAGUUUAAUUAUUGACGGGGGAUCCUAAUCUUGCGAGGGAAGUGGAUAAAGAAAGAAGAGAGAGAGAGAGAGAGAGACGUGUAGAUUGGGGCGGUGGUGGGAGGCUGGUAGACAAGAAACUUGGAAGUAAAAUUCAUGGCUUAUCUUCUAAGUCUAUGCUCCUGCACCUCCAACCCUCUCUCUCUCUCUAAUUCAUACAAGUCUAUGUUAUCAUUUCAAUGAAAUUCGCAUUCUAAUUAAUUAGCCGUGUACACCAAACCAAAUAAGAGGUGCGUAUUCCCUGAGAAAAAAAAAAACACACACACUACUCAUUGUAUUGUAAUGAAUCAUAUUGCCGGACAAGCACAUGUCAUGUCACGGCUAGGUUUCACGGUCGUGAGACAAAUAAAAUAGGCAUUCACAAGAUAGAUAAUUUCACGGUCUCAUUUCACGACCGCGAGAUGAAGCUCGUUAGAUGAGACAUAUGUAAAAUGCAAUGCAUUUGUUUAUUUGGAUUUUGCAGAAAAUAUCCCCUUUGUGAUUGGUUAAACCCCGAGCCCUAGCUGCUUGUGAGGGGUCUAAGGUGUAUGUAAGGCAUAUUGGUGCAUAAAGAAAACCCUAACAAUAAUAAUAAGAUUGACUUAUAGCUUUAACUCUUCGUGGAGUAGUCUCGUUAACAUUGAACGGGAAAAUCACAUAUAUCGUUGUAUUGUGUGAUAUAUUGUUUAUCUCAAUAAAUUAUUAAAAUUUUCAUGGUGUCAUCGAUACAACUGUCCAAUCCGACUUAAUCUACUCUUAUUUUAUCUUGAAAUAAAAAUUUAUCGUCGGGCGAUACUUUUUGUUUGUGGAACCAUGUCCACGCCAUCGAAUUUCUUAAUCUCCACUUCACUACACUAUACAAAUAAUUACCACAUAAAUGUUGGGCUUAAUUUAUAUGUGAGCCCACGCAAGAGAUCAAUUUCAAAAUGUAUGGGUAAUUAUAAGAGGAAAAUACAUACUUGAUAGUCUUUUUAUAUUUAUUGUUUAUUAAGAAAUAAUGGGAAUCAUUUCAAUCACAACAAAGCCAACGCAUAGGGUCCAAAUUCUAAUUUGGGAAUGGAAGCCGCAUAUUGUCAUUAUUAAUUUGUUGAGAAAGGAUGUAUUAUUAACCACUGAGAUCUAAUAUUUAAUUGAAAUAUGCUAGUUCAAAAACAACAUAGUUCAAUAUAUAAAAAUUUAAUAAUGUGUCAAAAAAGCUAUUUGUUGCUACUGGAAUUCCUACUCAUUUUAGGCACAUUGUCAACCCCAAUUGAGAUUAUCACUUGGAGAAUACGAAAAUUGAAAAGCUCAUAAAUAGUUUUACUUAAAAAAAAAGUACUUGAAGGACAUUAUUUUCAAAUCAUAAUAUAAUAAUUUAAUUUUUUGGAUUAAUAUAAUAAAUUUUAUUUUAUUAGAUUUAUUCAAAGACAUUUGGUGCACAAUUUGGUUGGGUGCGGGAUUUGGAUUUACACCAUCUGUGGUAGAUACCGACCCAACUCAUAAUACAACUAUUGUACUAUCGUUUGCUUGUUGGAUUUGUAAAUGAAGGUUUUGAGUUUUG